GCAUCUUCUGUCUUUAGGGACAGGCCACGUUCCAGGCAGGGCGAUCCUUUUGAGCCGCAGGGCCACAUUCCUUUCCGGGAACCAGGGUUAGCUACGUAAGCUGGGUGCCAAAUGGCUCCUAAAACCGAGGUUGCAGCCGCUAAAACAGAUACAGUCGUACCUUGGUUGUCGAACUUCAUCUGUUCCAGGAGUCAAAGCGGUUUGAAAACCAAGGCGCGGCUUCCAAUCGGCCGCAGGAGCUCCCUGCGCUCAAUCAGAAGCUGCAUCAGACAUUGGGCUUCCGAAAAAUGUUUGCAGACCGGAACGCUCACUUCCGGGUUUGCAGUGUCUGUCAGCCAAAACGUCCGACUUGCGAGGCGCUCGGGAUCCAAGGUACGACUGUAUCUGGUUGCCAUUUUGGGGCAAGUCUUACUUUGCAAAGGAUGGACUGACUGUGGUCGAUUCUCAGUUAAAUUCGGAGGACAACCUUGAGCCGGAUUAAGAGCUUUGAGAACUUGGAAGAAGGAAAGUCACUUGAUUCAGGGACAGUCCACCAAUAUAUCGGUCAAUUCUGACCUCUUUUUCUUACUGGGGACACGGACCAUUCAUGACGUAAGAAUAUUUUUCCCCAAUGGAGAGCAGGGGGAAGCGAAGACAAGCGACAACAAUUUCGCUUUAACGUCAUUCGCUGCUCCUCAGGCUGCACGGAAAAAGCAUUUUGGUUCCUGAAAGUCAUUCUGAUUGUGCAGAUAAAACAGAACUGAUAAAAUUCUACAGGAUGUGGUCUUAAGUGUGUGAAAACAGUCCAGAUCCAAAGAUCUCCUGGUGGUGGAGACGUCAGGAGGCAUCCAGGCACCUGGGCAUCUUCGCUUGGUCACAAGUGGCCAGUAGCCAGCUGCAAAAUGCGCCUGGCGCCUGGCUAAUUUCAAACCCACGCCUCAGUCUUACCUUCAUAAUAUUAGGCAGGUUUCCACACCUAUCCACGCUACCUGAGCUCUAGGAAACAUUUUCAGCCAUGCCAAAAAAGGCAGCUGCAGAGCUGAGCCAGUGAGAGGUGUGGCCUGGGGAGUGUUGCAGGGGCUGGGUAGAGAUGUUCAGAUGGCCACAUGGAGCCUGACAUUCCCUGUUCCUGGGCAAACAUAGUUCCUCCAAAAGCCCCAAUACCUCCGGCUCCAAUUCCCCGCUAUCACUGAACGCUCUCUCUCUUCCUCCCUAUCUUUCUGCUUCACCAGGACCCCUCACGGCAGCCUGGUAAGUGUCUGCUCAGAUCCAUGCGUACAAAAGCGCUUCAGAAGGCGCCUUUGUGUCUUUUUGAGGAAUUAACUUUGCCCGGUUGUUUUCGGGAGAUCCGUUUUUAUUUCCAAUGGAACUGCUUUCUCCUCUUCUUCGAGUUCGUUUGGGGCGAUUCUGUUGCUCGUCGAACCGGUUUUCACAGGGUGGGAGAAUUGUAGUUGGAAGGGCCUCAAUUCAGUCAUGUCUGUUGAUUUCAAUGGGUCUCCUCUGAGUAGGACCCUGUAUCAUCCCAUCCUUUGGGCGCUCGCUGUUUCUGGCCGUCUGCCAGCUCUUGGGGGGUCUCUGUCGCCCCUUCCCCUGCCUGCCUGCCAUUACAUUUGGGGCGCUGUGCCUCGACCCUUCCCUCUUUACCCCUGCCCCCCUCAGUCCGCCUGCAGGUCGCCUUCUGCUGGCCUCUGGCCUUUUCUUUGCACCUCUCCCCCAGCUGAUGAACACAGACAAAACCUUUUCCUCCUUCCUUCCCCAGAUCUGGAGGAGACGAGCCUGAGAAAACGCACGGGCCCCCUCCCGGAUGAAAAGCAGUCGGCCGCCGAGCUGGACGCCGUCCUGCAACACCACCACAGCAUCCAGGAGAAGCUGGCCGAGGAGAUGUUGCACCUGGCGCGCAACCUCAAGAACAACACCCUGGUGGCGCAGAACGUGAUCAAGCAAGACAACCAGACUCUGUCCCACUCGCUCAAGCUGGCCGACCACAACUUCGAGAAGCUGAAGGACGAGUCCGACCGCCUGGAGCAGCAUGCCAAGAAGUCCGUCAACUGGCUCCUCUGGCUGAUGCUCAUCGUCGUCUGCUUCAUCUUCAUCAGUAUGAUCCUCUUCAUCCGCAUCUUCCCCAAGCUCAGGUGAUUCCGGAGGCCGCGGGCGGCAACCUGGCCACACCUCAGUUCACCGUUGCCCACAAAGUCCAAGGCCCCCCGGCACUUCUCUGGCGGAGUCUCUGAAGACACUCGCUGGAAGGGAGCUCCUGGCGCUUCUCUGAAAGAGUCUCUGAAGACACUGGCCGGAAGGGAGCUCCGUUCCUGCUGGAACAUGACUCAUUUUGACCGCUUUGGGAGGAAACGGCCUGCCUGCUUAUAUGGUUGACAAAGGGGAGGCUCCUUCAGCUCCUAAGCUGGGCCUGAGCAGGGAGCGCAGCCAGGGGUUCAAGCCGUGGGCGUUUGGGACCUGGGGGUGGACUGGGCAUGGUUUUCUCAGGCAGAGGCGGAGUUGCCAGACCAGGGGGAUAAUCCGACAGAAACGGCUCACCUUCCUUCUUCCUCCUGACUGCUUGCAGGGAGCUGAGUCUCUGGAUGAGGCUAAACAUUCUGUCAUCGUGUAAGCACCCCGUAUCUCCCCCCCCCAAAAAGUGCACCUUCACUGCUUAGCUGCCAUUUGGGGAUGGCCUGGAAGGAGGGAUCUGAGGCCGUUGGGGUUUCGUUUGUCUCUGAGGUCCUGCCGCCCGUAGAGGAAAACCAAGACUCUGGAGGUGGGGGGAUUCUUGGCUGACAAGUUGGGGCAGGUUUUUUUUUUGGGGGGGGAAAUCACCUAUCCUGUUCUUCUCCCCAAAAAGCCCUAAGUCCUAAACAUUCCAGUAUAAGGACUCCGCCACCUUUCGCUCUUCUUUCUCCCUUCCAGCCAAAAAGGAAAAUACAACUUGGCCUUGGGUGGAGGGUGUGUGUGUGUGUGUGUGUGUGUGUGUGUGUGUGUGUGUGUGUCAGUGUGUCAGCCACAGUUCUUACAUCUGGGGUUAGACUGGAUCUGCCACAGCGGCAGCAGGGGGAACGAGGGGAAGAGGGCUUUGGGGCGGCUGCCGGAGGCACCUCCCUGUUUUGAGAGCAAAGGCGUCCCCACCUCACAACGGCGGUGAAUCACCUGCAGAAAGAGGCACCGCUCCCCAGUGGGGGCCUCGCCCUGCCGCUUGCCAAGCGCACACAGUCAGCUUGGCAGCUGAGCCAAGAGAGGCACAGUCCCCCCAGGGGGGAGAGGCUCUGUGUCGCCCCCACCUCCACGUGCUGCUGCUGCUCCCCUGUGCCGGAGCGAUGAGCCUCUGCUUGCCCCCCGCCGCACGGAAAAUGUGCCUCGGCCUGCCGGCGAGGGAGCCAAAUGAUGCAUUGCCAGCCAGCCUGCCUGCCGCCACUCACACAUUAAAAACAAAACC